AUGCCAAUACGAAUCUCAGCUUCAAUAGUUUUAAACAUGGAACUAUUUUGUAAAAGUAUCAAUAAAUGCACAUUUGCCAAUCUUUAUUGCUUUAAUAAUUUUAUUUUCAGUAUCCCAUUAUGGCAUAUACAGUGAAUGCUACUAAGACUCGAGACAUUUUUCAAUUUUAGAUAUUUUUAUUACGAUAUUGUAGGUAAAAAGUCUCAGCAAUCAAAUGUCAUCAUACAAGCAGAAAUUACUGUGAAAGUAAUCAUUCAAGAGAAUAAUAUUAAUAAGAAAAAUCAUUUAAGGACUUUGGUCAACAUAAUUUUAUAA